CCAAUGACUUGACCUUAUAUGUUGAUGGAACAUAUAGUAGGAAGGGUUCUGGAGUUGGUGCUCUCUUAAUUGGCCCAGAUGGAUAUUGGAGUGAACAUGCUCUGAAAUUUAACUUCGAUGCAAUAUACAAUAUGGCUGAGUAUGAAGCUUUGCUACUUGGUCUACAACUAGCAUUGGAGUUGAAAGUCAGGGCGAUCCAAGUGUACAGUGACUCCCAACUUGUAGUUAAUCAAGUCAACUCAAUCUGCGAAGUCGUUGAUCUUGUGAUGGUGAAAUAUUUAGCCUUGGUGGCUAAGCUGAAGUGCAAAUUCCAGAAAUUCUGUCUAAACAAAAUUCCCCGAACUGAGAAUGAACAGGCAGAUUCACUCUCUAAAUUUGCCUCUGAUAGCUCUUUAAGCUCCAUAUCAGUUUUUGUGGAAAUUUUAGAUGAACCAAGCUUCAUGAAGCCACGAAUGAUGGAGAUCAGCACAGGCCAGGACACACCGAGCUGGACUGACUCAAUUACCUCUUUUUUACUAGACAUGAUAGUACUUGAAGACAAGCAAGAGGAAAUGAGGUUGAGGAUGAAAGCAUCUUUGUAUACACUCGUUGAUGGGGUCCUCUAUAAGAGAUCUUUCUCACUCCUUCUAUGGUGCUUGAAUCCCUAUGAAGCUGAGUACGCACUUCGGGAGGUGCAUGAAGGUGUCUACAGAAGUCACAUUGGUGCUCGAACUUUGGCUCAUAAAGUCCUUAGACAAGGAUAUUAUUGGCCCAGCAUGUAUAAAGAUGCCACUUAGUUCGUACAGAGGUGUCAGAAAUGUUAGUUCUUUGCACAUUUAACUCACCAGCUAGCAAAAGAACUCACUAAUCUGAUAGCACCUUGGUCAUUUGCUUAGUGGGGACUUGAUCUUUUAGGACCAUUUAUGAAGGGAGUAGGAGGUGUGAUGCACCAAAUACGCACUACUUUUAGGCAAGUGAACCUAAUCGAUUAUGCAAUAUAAGAUGAGUAAGAUAUCGUUCCCUCGAGGACUAUCCUACACUACCAAGACCCUAUUAAUCUAACCUA